AUGCAGCGCCUCGAGGCUGCUGUGUCCUAUCUUCUCCGCGAGAACAAGUUCCCUUCGCUCUCAGCCUUUGACUUGACUCACUCUCCUGGAGCGCCUUCCGACCUAAGCUCUACUCCAAACCAUGCGUCCAGCGAAGUUCGUGUUAAGGAUAUGAAUGCUACCAAGUCACUGGACAUGACUAGAGAGAAUUCUCAGGAACCAAUGCCGGAAGAGCCUGAUCUGGUACCUGCUCCCAUGGGAACUCUAUAUGAAGUCACAAAGCUCCGUAAUUUAAGAAGUAACCAAGUUGGGAAACCGAAGUCGACAUUGAUGGAAGAGGAUUUCAUUUCGAGAGGCUGCAUCUCACUCCACGAGGCGGAGGAACUCUUUGCUUACUUCCGCCGUACCUUGAAUCAGCUUCUCUGGGGUGGAAUAAUCUUGUUACAUUCAGACCUAUCCUCUGUGAGGAGGUCCUCAUCCCUCCUAUCCGCGGCAAUUUUAACGGUGUCUGCACUUCAUAUUCCCAACCGGACAGAUACCCUUAACAAAUGCUACAAUGAGUUUGUCUCAUUGAUUGGAGCGGCCACCUUGUCACGCUAUCACACACUGGAUGACAUUCGUGCCAGAUGCAUUGGUGCAUUCUGGCUGCCAGACCUUAGUUGGAAGCUCUCCGGACAAGCCGUACGGAUAGCAACUGAGAUUAACUUACAUCACAGUUUCUUGAAGAUGACCAGGGGGCAGACUGAUCAGUUUGAGCGUGCUAAGCUUUGGUACUUGAUCUAUGUUUGUGAACAUCAUUUCAGUAUUGCUUACGGAAGGCCCCCUUCAAUCCAUGAAGAUGCUGCUAUCAAAAAUUACGAAACUUUUCUACAAUCACCAUCUGCUGUUCCGGGAGACGUUCGACUUAUUGCUCAAGUAGCAUUGUUCGUCAUUCUGACGGAAGCUUAUCGGAUAUAUGGGUCAGAUACCGAGCAAGCAUUGACCGAAUCUGACUUUGGGCAACUGCGGUCUUUUAACAGGGCUAUUGAGCAAUGGAGAAUGCUGUGGCAGCCCCGGUCUCUUGAUAACCCGUAUGUCCGAACGUAUCCUUCGAAGGGCGUUGUUCUGCACUAUCAUUUUGCUAGAUUCCAGCUCAAUUCCCUGGCACUUCGUGCCAUUUCGCCAAAUAUGCAGUUUUCACCGGAGCGUAAGGAAGCCGCAAAUGUAGCGAUAUCUUCGGCCAUGGCUACCCUCAACCUUGUUCUGGAGGAGGUGGAUUUACGUGACGCAGUCGUGGGUGUGCCAAUUUUCACACACACCAUGAUUACGUUCUCGGCUGUCUUCUUGCUCAAAGUUGCUGUUAUCUGGAAUACAGGGUAUCUGAAUGUGGAUGCUGGCCAGGUACAGCAUUUGGUGGAAAGAAUUAUCGAUUUAAUUACACGCGCAAGUGCCGGAGAAAAGCACCUGACUCGCCAUAUUUCGAGAGGACUUGGCAAAAUGCUUGAACGAUUCAAGGCAUGGAACCGGUCUGCAGCAAACACCUCUCCUGAUAGUACUAACAUGGCCAACCCGAUUAUGGACAGUGGGACGGAGAGUAGUACUAGCUUCACACCUUCGAAUAUGUUAAUAUCCGACAUGGUGGGCGCAUAUGGGUUCAAUCUCGACGAGCAUUUCCUUGACCCAUAUAUGCCUAACUAUGGGUUUUAUGCUACUUGA